AUGGUUCCAGAGAAUGUCACUACCGUGAAGGCGUUUGUCCUCUCAGGCCUCACCGCCGAUCAUAACACCGAACUGGGCCUCUUCAUUUUCUUCACUGUCAUCUAUGCCUUGAUCCUUGUCGGCAACGUCCUCAUCGUGGCCACAAUUGUCUACGACAAAAACCUCCACACUCCCAUGUACUUCUUCCUCAGCAACCUCUCCUUCAUCGACGUCUGCCAUUCUUCGGUGGUCAUCCCGAAGAUGCUGGCCGACUUCCUCACAGAGACAAAGACCAUCUCCUUUGGGGAAUGUAUAGCCCAGAUGUUCUUCCUCCACCUCUUUGCCUGUACGGAGAUUUUCCUUCUCACCAUCAUGGCCUACGACCGUUACGUCGCCAUAUGCCACGCUCUCCAUUACACGACCAUCAUGAGCGGGCAGGCCUGUCUCCGCUGGGCUGCGGCCAUGUGGUUGGGUGGGUUGCUGCAUUCCACCGCCCUUACGGCCCUGACGCUCAAUGUGCCCUACUGUGGCCCCAAUGCCAUUGACAACUUCUUCUGUGACGUGCCCUUGGUCAUCAAACUGGCCUGUGCCAACACGUUUGUCUUUGAGGUACUCAUCAUCUCCAACUCUGGAGUUAUCUCGGUGGUCUGUUUUAUAGUCCUGGUGGUCUCCUAUGUGGUCAUCCUAAUUUCCCUGAGGCAACGCUUCUCUGAAGGACGGCGGAAAGCUCUGUCCACCUGCGCCGCUCACUUAACCGUGGUGACUUUCUUCCUGGGCCAUUGCAUUUUCAUUUACCUCAGACCUGCCAAGAGUCUCCCUGCGGACAAAGUGGUUUCUAUUUUUUUCACGGCUGUCACCCCACUGCUGAACCCCAUCAUCUACACCCUCCGGAACGAGGAAAUGCUGAAUGCCUUAAACAAGCUGCGAGGACGACAGGUCGAUUUGGGGGACAAAUGA